UUGACUAGCAAGCGGAUAUUUGAGCCAGGAUUACUUACAAUGGCUGGGAUUAACACCACUCCCUGGCCUUUUAAUGAAAUGGCAAAUGUAUCGAGGAAAGAUCUAAACGGGUACAAUAACGAGGAUUAUGUUUUUGAUAAAACAUAUAUUAGAAUAAUCUUUGUUUCUUUAUACACCGUAGUGUUUUGCCUCUGUUUUUUUGGUAAUCUUCUAGUUAUUCUAGUGGUAAGCCUUAGUAGACGAUUAAGGACAACUACGAACUUCUUCUUAGCAAAUCUGGCUUUGGCCGAUUUCUGUGUGGCAAUUUUUUGCGUUUACCAAAACUUUCUGAUUUAUAUUGUGGAAAGUUGGAUCUUGGGUGAAUUUUUAUGCAAGAUGUAUAUUUUUAUCCAAUCAUUGAGUAAUUCAGCAAGUAUAGUGAUUUUGGUCGUAAUAUGUACAGAAAGAUACUUUGCCAUUUUAUAUCCGAUAACAUGCAAGCAAAUAUUGACGACAAUCAGACUAAAGGCCAUUAUAGUUGUUGUUUGGGCAACGUGCAUAUUGUAUAGUUCGCCGAAAUUCUAUUGGGGAAACACCGUGACAGUAACAACGGAAAAUAGUAGCGAGACAGUUUGCGUACUAAAUAGACAAAAGUUUGACUCGAAGCUCUUUGAUGUCGCGCAUUUUGCGCUUUUGUAUUUAAUGCCGUUGGCGAUAAUAUCGCUACUCUAUACGAGAAUCGCAAUCUGCCUAUGGAACAGCUCCGAGCAACUAAAACAGCAACUCGACGGUUCGACUAAUCUUAAUUAUUACGAAACUCUAUAUCCGAAGUGCAGGCAAGAAAAUCAGAAUUUUACCGGAAGUGAAAACAUCUUACGUAGCUCAAGAAAGGCACCCAGCCUUACCCAACACCCGACAGCAAACGUUCUUAAAGCGAGACGAGGAGUUAUAAAGAUGCUUAUUAUCGUAGUUUGUACAUUUGCCCUAUGCAACUUACCAUUUCAUGCACGAAAACUAUGGCAGUACUGGUCUCCACACUACCAAGGACAUACCAAUUUUAGCGCACUAUUAACGCCAUUAACGUUUCUUUCGACUUACUUUAAUUCUGGUGUUAAUCCUCUGCUGUAUGCAUUUUUGUCCAAGAAUUUUAGAAGAGGUAUGAGAGAGCUACUCUUCUGCUCCCAUAAAACUAACUGCCGUCAGAGAAACUUUAGAUACAACACCAAGCGAUGCUCAAAAUCUACCGAGUGUUCACACCAGCCAGAGAAAAGACUUAAUAGUACUGUUGACAUAUUAGUUCAUGAAAUGUGAUAGUAAACUGUAAACAAAUAUGAACAUGUAAAUAUAUGGUUUUUUAAAUG